AUGCAGGGCACCAUGAUGAACGCUAAGACUUCUUCUGCAGUCCGUGUACCUGUGUGCUUGGACACACCCAAAGUGACCCCACGCAUCUUCAGGAGCGUGACUGCAGCACAAAAGGUGGCCGCCCCACCCCAGCUGAACAUCGCGAAGGACGUCUCCGAGCUUAUAGGCAACACGCCCAUGGUUUACCUCAACAAGGUGACUGAUGGAGUGAAUGCCAAGAUUGCGGCCAAGCUGGAAAUCAUGGAGCCGUGCUCGUCUGUGAAGGACAGGAUCGGACUGAGCAUGAUCCGCAGCGCGGAAGAGGAGGGCAAGAUACAGGCGGGCAAGACCACGCUCGUGGAACCCACCAGUGGCAACACCGGCAUCGGCCUGGCCUUCAUGGCGGCCGCGCGCGGCUACAAGCUCGUGCUAACCAUGCCGGCCUCCAUGUCCCUGGAGCGCCGCAUCCUGCUCCGCGCUUUCGGCGCUGAACUAAUCCUCACCGACCCUGCCAAGGGCAUGAAGGGCGCGGUUCAGAAGGCAGAGGAGAUAGCGGCGGCGACGCCGGACUCGUUCAUCCUGCAGCAGUUUGAGAACCCCAACAACCCCAAAAUCCACUACGAGACCACCGGGCCGGAGAUCUGGGACGCGACCGAGGGCAAGGUGGAUGUGUUGGUGGCUGGUGUGGGCACAGGAGGCACCAUCACAGGCGCCGGCAGGUACCUCAGGGAAAAGAACCCCAACAUCAAGAUUGUGGCGGUGGAGCCGGCGGAGAGUCCAGUCAUCUCCGGGGGGUCCCCAGGGGCCCACAAGAUCCAGGGCAUCGGCGCCGGCUUCAUCCCCGGCAACCUCGACACCGGCAUCAUCAGCGAGGUCAUCCAGGUGAGCAGCGAUGAUUCGAUAGCGAUGGCGCGGCGGCUGGCCUUGGAGGAGGGUCUACUGGUCGGCAUCUCUUCGGGCGCGGCGACCGUGGCCGCCAUCCGCGAGGGGCAGAAGCCUGAGAACGCCGGCAAGCUCAUCGUGACGGUGCUGCCGAGCUUUGGCGAGCGCUACCUGUCCAGCGUCCUGUUCCAGAACAUCCGCGAGGAGGCCGAGCGCAUGACCUUUUGA